CGCGAUGGCGGGGGAGGCGGCGGCGCUGCUGGCGGCGGCGCGGGCGGAGCUGCGGGCGCGGCGGCUCUCGGCGGCCGAGGAGCUCUUCAGCCGCUUCAUCGCCCGCAGCCCCGCGGGUGCCAGCAGCGAACUCGCCACGGCGCUCAACGACCGCGGGCAGGUGCGGUACCUGCGAGUGGAGUUCGCCGCCGCCGUGCGGGACUUCACGGCCGCCAUCGAGUGCCAGCCCGGCUUCGAGGUGCCCUACUACAACCGCGGGCUGGUGCGCUACCGGCUGGGAGACUUUGAUGAGGCCAUGAAAGAUUUCAGGAAAGUAUUAGAGUUAAAUCCCCAAUUUGAAGAUGCUGCAUUGAGUCUAAAACAGGCUAUGCUUGAUAAAGAAGAAAAAGAGAAGCGGGGUUAUUGAAAAUUCAGGUUUUGAUGUGAUGUGAAAAUAUUCCGCUAAACAUGUGAUUUUUGUCAUGGAUGGGUGAAGCACAGGAUCAUUUACAGCUCUUAUGUCCUGCUGAAGAACUUCAUUCUUAGGUAAAUAAGUUAAAAAUUGAUUAUGAUUGCAAAAUAACCUGGAUUUGGGAUUUUUAUUCUUGAGGGAAGGUGUAAUGUUGAUCUCUGUGAGACACGUGUACAGAUUUUGUACAGAAAUGCUUUGUAAUUUUAUUAUAAAUGUACUGGCCAGAUUAAUUGGAAAUAAAAAUGAACAUGUACUUUUUAUCUCA